CCAGUGGACCCCCUGCUCCACCAGCCAAACCGCAGUCCAGUGGACCCCCUGCUCCACCAACCAAACCGCAGUCCAGUGGACCUCCUGCUCCCCAAAACAAGCCAAAGUUUACCGGACCCCCUCCACCCCCAACUAAACCACAGGCCUCUGCAACGGCUCCUACUAAGCCAAAGCCACAAGUCCAGCCGAAACCAGCAGGCAUAACAAAUGAUAGUGACACACCGUCUUCACCCUCCAAGUACCCACAAACCAGCAGGUCAAGCGCGAAGUCCGCCACGCAUUUGCGCGCGCGGAGGCGUUUGACAAGAUUCGAGUGUCCCGGUCCCUGUCGGGAAAUUUGGAGAGCACGUGGCAUCGAUGCAUGCCGACGGGUAACACUGGGUUUGUUUCCACGGGAGUGUUCAAACUCACUGCCGAUGGGGGAGUUUGGCCGCGCCAUCUUUGACGCAAUAAUGCCGCUGCAUGCAUGCGCAAUAGGCAUGCCAACAUCAUUCCCUACAAUGAUAACAGACCCAAACUUGACCCCAUACCUGGAAACAGGGACUGCCAACACGACUAUAUCAACGCGUCCUUUAUAGAUGGGGUCUCCACCCACCACAGAUACAUUGCGGCUCAAGGACCAAAGAAAGUGACAAUUGUCGACUUUUGGCGUCUCGUGUGGCAGGAGAAGGUGCCCACCAUCGCCAUGGUGACAGGCCUCCAGGAAGACUCGGGGAGAAAGUGCGAGCGCUACUGGCCUGAGAUCGGAACUGUGGUCCACGGUCCGUACCGAAUCUCUCUCUCCAAACAACAAGUCCUGGCCGACUAUGUACUCAGUACUCUUCAAGUCCAACCAACUAGAUUGAGGAGUCACAAGCAUCCACACACAGUGCAGCACCUGCAAUUUGUUGGCUGGCUGGACAAUGAGAGCCCUGAGCAGGCUGGUCCUCUACUGUCUUAUCUCAGACGGUUGAACUCCCUCCACGGCCCUGCCACUGGACCUCUCCUGGUGCACUGCAGUGCUGGGGUUGGGAGGACAGGGAGUCUGCUGGCCAUAGACCUGGCACUGGAGCAGGCCAGGAGGGAGGGGAGGGUCGACAUUCCAUCCGUUGUCUCUUCUCUCAGGAGACAGAGAAUGAAGAUGGUCCAGAGUCAGGACCAGUACAUGUUCAUCCACGAUGCAGUCCUGGAGCAGUUGAUGUGUGGAGACACACAGAUACAGGCCACCGACCUCAACAGGACUCUACCGAGACUCCUGCAGCCUCAGCAGCAGAGAGACGGCAGCUUCAAGACAACGUUGGCCCUGCAAUUUGAUGUCCUGGAGCAGGUGUCUCCAAGAUCAGACGAGGUCUCGUGUCAGAAAGCCAUGAUGUACCCCAACAAGAACAGGAGCACCGAUUUCCUCCCACCUGACGAAAGACGAGUGGAGCUACGCGGAAGUCCUGGAUACAUCCAUGCCUCUUUUGUCCAAAGUUACAGACAGAAGGAGGCGUUCAUCAUAGCCCAGGCUCCGCUGGAGCAGACCUGCAGAGACUUCUGGAAGAUGGUCCACGAGAGAGAGUGCGGAGCCAUUGUCAUGCUGUCUGCACCACUGGAGGAGCAGCAGAUGUGUGCACAGUACUGGAGUGAGGAGAUGGAUGACUUUGACAGGCAGUAUGGAGAGGUGUCGAUUCGCACGGCACACCGCCAGCAGAUGAAUGGCUACGCCAUCCACAGAAUGACCCUCACCAAUAGAAGAUCUGGUGCAAGACGUGAAGUUGUCCAGUUCCAGCUGACGGCGUGGACCGAGGAUGACUUGUGGUACUUCUCCCUCUUCCCUGGUGGAGGCCAUUCACCAUAUCAUGGCAGCUGCAAGGAAGUCACCCAGUAAACCCAUCAUAGUGCAUGGCAGGGAUACCGUGAGUCGAUGUGGUUUGUUCUGUGCCCUGAUGGCCAUCAUUGACCAAUGUGCCACUGAGGGAGUGGUGGACGUGUUCCAGGCGGUGAAGGGACUCCGACUCGCCAAGCCCGGCUGUGUGCCCAGCCUCGCCCAGUACCGCCAGCUCUUCCACCUCAUUGCUGCAUACCUGGACUCCUUUGAUACUUAUGCAAAUUUCAAGUAGUGUAUAUACGUGUGUGUCAUUUCGCGCGCGCAAUGCGCAUGCGUGUAGUUUUGUAAUUAAUUACGAUGCGCAAAACAUAAAAAUUGCGUGAGUGGCUGAGCCACUGCGCAGCCUUGUUAUUAUGGGUCACUAGUCGGCAAGUUUUCCAGCGAUGGCGACACUUGGACGUUUACUGCUGCUAGUGACAGUGGCUGCAGUGACAAGUCCAUCAUCAGCUACUUCUGGUGUGUUUCUGCACAGUGAGAUACUAAACAGACGCCUGGGAAACAAUUCUUUCGUCUCUGCAAACGAUAUUGGCGAUGUAAACGCUGCCAUUAUCUGUGCCAGAGAGAGUGAGACUAGACCUCAUGGAGCAAAGUGGCUGGACACUGCAGAUCAAGACAUCGCAGAAGGCUCUUCCGCCGCUGCAGGGAAUCGUUUGUUCUACACUCAAAUACGAGCUGACGGUAUCCAUCUGUUUCGAGGUGGUGUUGAGUUUUCGACGGAACACGAAGGAGUGUAUGCAUGUCACAUCGAUGACGAUGACGGCAACAGUCAAGUCCUUUUCAUUGGGAUAUACACACCGGAGACCCUCCAGAACACAGGACCUCCUGUGGUAGGAUUACCAGUCUUUUCCCUGCUCACUCCCCGAACCACCCAUUCCUCUGAGUUUACCCUCACCUGUCCCUCCUCCUCCUUCCCUCCCCUCUCCGCCACGUGGCUGCGAGAUGGACAGGCAGUGGAUCCCGGUGGAGACCAGUUCCAUACCUGGCGCGUUCUGGUGGAUCCCUCGACCACUGGCUACGCCAACAGUCUGAGAGUGAGUGGGAACCUGGCUGGAGAGUACCAGUGUUCGGUGGGGAACAGUGAGGGGACCACCAAUGCUUCUCUAUUGGUGAGAGUUCCGUCAGGACCUCCCCUCAAUGUCCGUGCCGAGCCAGGAGGAGGAGGCAUUGUGGUUGUCACCUGGACCCCGCCCACUGGCGAAAUCAGUGGUUACAUCAUCGUAUACGGUCCAAAAGAUGCCCCGCCCCCCGAGACCCUCUCGGCAGUGAAUGUGGACAACCCUGCAGUAACUGCCUACACGUUGGAGGACAUUACUCCAGAGAGGGAGUACACUAUAGAGAUGUGGGCCUAUCUGGAGCUACCUUCGUCCCGCAGUCAACCAACCACCAUACACCUGGACGUGCCUGACCAGCCAACUAAUGUGGUAGCCACACUCACAAUGUCAGGCACUGUGAUGGUACAGUGGGAGGGGCCCCCAUCGUUGGCCGACGUGGACGGCUACAUCAUAAGCUACUCUCCCACUGAUGAGUCCUAUUGCGAGGGACUACCGGAGGGAGAGGUGGUCGUGAAUGGACCAGAAACGACACAACUGGAGGUAGCGGAGAUGGCGGCAGGUGUGGAGUAUGAUGUAAGAGUGGCUGCAUACAACUCUAUUGGGACUGGACCAUUCUCUGUACCUCCUCCUGGCAGAAUUACCAUUCCACAGAAAGCUCCUGAAGGAGAGCCUCUGAAUGUGUCUGUGGCCCCGGACCCUCCCGAUGCCCUCUCCGUCUUGUGGGAGCCCCCAAACUGUCUGCUGUGGAACUCCAGACGCAUUACCAGCUACACCGUUCACUACACCUCCCUGGCAUCUCCCCCGCAGCAGGAGGAAGAGGUGAGAGAAGGUGGUCUUCUCAAGUAUCAGCUGACUGGUCUGGACAGCUUCAGAGACUACAGUGUGUGGGUCAGUGCCAGUAACGACCAGGGAAGAGGGCCUCCCAGUGACCGUGUGACUGCCAGUCUUGUCUCUGCUCCCGGUGCAUUGCAAUCGGUGGACUACGAGCCAGACAUCCUCUCCGUACUACUAAAGUGGGACCCUCCGCUGAGGGGGCGGGGCUACAUCACCAUGAUAACACUGGAAUACUACAACACUAACGGGAGCACAAAGCUGGGAACGGUGAACGUGACAGAAGCAGAGACAAACCUAAUGGAAGCAAACACGAAAUACAGGCUGGGAGGUCUGCAGUUGAUGUCCACCUACACUGUCUCUCUCACACCGUACACCACUGACCCCGCCCCUGGCCCCACCCACCGCAUAAUCGUCUCAACCACCUCAAUUGGGAUUGCAGAGCCGGUGAAAGUGACAGUGUUCAACUCUUCAGCAGUCAAUGUGUCCUGGACUCCACUGGCCUCAGUCCACGUCACCUCGUAUAAAGUCUACUACUCCAGACUGACAGGAAGGAAUGGUGCAGAGGGAGAGAUUGACACAAGUGGUGAGACGUCUGUGGUGUUCCGAGUGGAGAGGAGUGAGGGAGGAGGGAGGGGGAGGAGGGAGAGUGGGGAGGGUUGGGGUCUGGUGGGGGGACUGGAGGAAGGAGCCGAGUACGAGUUCUCUGUGGCAGCAGAGGUGGCGACUGAUGAUGGCAGCGAGAAGCUGGAGGGAGCGAAGACAGAGUCAGUAACUGGCACUGUGGUUGACACAAGUGCCACAGGUGAUGGGGGAUUCAAUGCGGUGAUCAUCAUAUCAGCCGUGGCCAGCGGACUGCUGCUGAUCCUGAUUAUUGUGGGAAUCGUCAUCCUUAUCGUCACUUCCUGUCUCUUUCGGCGCUACCGCAGGAGUGGGAAGAUGGAGGUGGCAUGUGUGAUGGAGCUGCGGCCGAACCCCAAGCCAGUUCCCCAGAUGGUCGGAACCUACGACCCUCCAAGUAACGACAUUGCCAGCUGUCGCCCAGAGGUAGUUGAUGCUCCAACGGACAUCAUUGCAGUGGAGGGAGAGAGAGUCGACAUCAAGCUGAAGGUGUUGGGCAGUCCAGAGCCGACCGUGGUGUGGUACCACAACGGCUGCAUGGUCGGACCGGACUAUGCCACCGAGAUCUCCAAAGACGGAGGUAUCACACUUGUCUCAGUGGAACCAAACCACGAAGGCACUUAUCGCUACACGGUCAGCAACAGUGUUGGCUCCAUACAGGGCAAGGUCACGCUCUAUGUGACCUCCGAGACGAGUGGGUGGAGCCGGCAGCCGCAGGGCCCGCGGCGGAUGGGUCUCCCGACCGUCACCAGCGCCCUGGUGACGGUGGAGCAGUUCCCGCAGUUUGUGAGGGAGAAAAACGAGGACGGCAGCAAGGGACUCCGCGACCAGUUUCUGGGCUACGGCAUUGCAAGAAAGUUUGUGGCUACUCAAGGUCCGACGGACACAACAGUGGUCGAUUUCUGGAGGAUGGUGUGGCAGCUGCAUUCCCCAACCGUCGUCAUGAUGACGAACCUGGAGGAGGGGCGCAAGAAGUGCGAGCAGUACUGGCCCAGCUUUGGGACUACCGACUAUGGCCCUUACUCCGUGACUCUGGCCGAGCAGAAGAUACGGGCCGACUACACCAUCAGGAAACUUACACUCACUUCCACCUUCAGCACCCGUAGAGUCCACUACGUCAACCAUUAUCAGUUUACCUCGUGGCGGGACCACCAGGUGCCCGACUCUGCCUUCCCCCUGCUCGAAUUCCACCGCAGACUCACCGAGAACCACCGCCCAAACAAGGGACCCAUUAUAAUACACUGCAGUGCUGGUGUGGGACGUAGUGGAGCCUUCAUCCUAUUGGACACCGCAUUGGGUCAGGCAGCGGGAGAGAAGAGGAUGGACAUCCCAGACAUCCUAACUCGACUGCGCAGUCAGAGGAUGAAGAUGGUCCAGACGCCGGAGCAGUACAUCUUUGUCCACAAGGCGGUGCUGGAGAAGCUCACCUGCAGCCCGACUCGCAUCGAGGUGGCCCAGCUGGAGCCCACGCUCGCUGAGCUGCAGGGCAACGACAAUCGGCUGGGCUGCAGCCGGCUGGAGGACCAGUUUGCCCGGUUGGGAAAACUCUCGCCCUGCACCCAGGACGACAGCACUUGUCGGGUGGCCCUCACAUACCCACACAAGAACAGAAACAGAGACUAUCUUCCAAUUGACCAGUGGAGGGUUCUACUGAAGGAUGAGAGGCCGGACUACAUCCACGCCUCUUUCGCCAGCGACCACCGCCAGAAGGAGGCGUUCAUCAUAGCCCAGGCUCCGCUGGAGGAGACCUGCAGAGACUUCUGGAAGAUGGUCCACGAGAGAGAGUGCGGAGCCAUUGUCAUGCUGUCUGAACAGGUGGAGAAUGGAAGGGUGAUAUGUCAGAGGUACUGGCCAACAACCGAUGUGGAAUUGUAUGGAGAAUAUGCUGUCACUCCUCUGGGGGACCAGGAACACGACUCAUAUCUGGAGAGAGCCUUCUCCGUUACUGACUCUAAGACUGGACAUGUUCACUAUGUGUCUCAAUUCCAAGUGCUGGGCUGGACCAGUGACGGCAAGGCCAGCAAUCCAGCUGCAAUCGUCAACUGCAUGUUAAAUGUGGAGGGUGUCCAGCGGAGGAGUGGAAACAAUCCUGCUGUAGUCCAUUGCAGUGAUGGAGUGACGCGGAGUGGUAUAUUCUGUGCUGCAAUGGCAGUAAUAGAUUGCUGCCAGCUCGAGGACACAGUGGACGUGUUCCUUGCAGUACGAGCCCUGCGCCAGCAGCGUCCCGGGGGCGUACCACUGCUACACCACUACAGACUCAUUCACAAACUGCUGCUCAUAUUCCACCAAACAAACUACUCCAAUAGUAGCUGUUAGAUAAGAUCAGAGCAAGAUUAUAUAAUAUUGUGUCCAAACAUUACAGAUGAGUGUACAAAUUCAUAGCCAAUAGCAUUACGUGUUCUACUACAGUUCACCAUCAUUCGAAGACUUGAACCCUUCCUUCCUCCUGGGUUGGCCACACAGAGCUCUCGCCAUCAGUAACGUAAACGCGACCGUUCCGAUCCACAGCUAUCCCAAGAGGCUUGAAAAACUGACCAUCCGCUGCUCCUAUGGUCCCAAAUUGCAUCUUGAGGUCUCCGCGUGGGUUGAAAACCGACACACAUGCCCUUUCCUUGUCGAGUGCAUACAGAUAGUCAUUUGAAUCGAUGCAGAUGGAAGAAAUGUGCUUGAACUGUCCCCUUUGGUUUCCCUCACCCCCAAUCGCCCUCAGAAACUGCCCCUUGCUUGAGAAAACCUUCACACAGCAGUGGCCGCAGUCUGCAACAUAGACGUCACCCUUACUGUCACAUGCCACAUCCCAAGGGAGGUAGAGACCAGGCCCGGAUACAUCAUCACCCAGAUCCCCAAUCUGUCGCAUGAACUGGAGGUCGGGUGUGAGCACCUGGAUCCUGUGGUUCCUGCGAUCGCACACCAAAACCUGACCCGACGGUGCCACAGCGAUCCCCACUGGGUCAUUAAACUGCAACUUUCCCUUUCCGUAAGACCCUGCCUUGGAUACCAGUGUUCCAUCAGUGCUGUAGCACAGAACUCUGUGCCUCUUGCCCAUCCACCAGUAGGAUUUUGCCAUCCGCUGUAAAAGUCACGCCCCCUCGGCUCGUUGCACGCGUCGUCAGGAAUCAAGAUUUCCGGAGUCUGAACUAAUGCCACGCUUGUAAAUGUGCAUGCCUGUGUGCCAUCUUCCUUAUAUAGAUGUAGUGCAUGCCAUCCUUGGUUGUCUAUAACGACCAUUUGCCCAUCUUGUGACACGGACACUCCCCAUGGGCGCCGCAACUCGCUCACACGGUGAACGAGUGUCCCUGUGAAUCGAAAGAGACCCAUUACGCUUAGAUCCAGUGGACUGCCUGAAAUCUCGUGUCCAAACAGCGUGACAUGAAGCUUCUUCCUCCCUUUGGUGAUAGGAAUGUAAUGGACCACGACUUGGUUACCAGACUCUGACACGCUUCGUUGGGUUUCAACCAUUUUUGUGUUGCUACUGUCCUCUGAGGAAAGCUCAAUUUUGAGUUGGUCCAACAAACCACUAGUAGUGUCUGCUCCAGAGUAAACGAUUGUGACAUUUGUUUCAUCGCAAGCGGUGGCCCACCGGGGACUGUCAAUAGACACGUAGAAAUCUGCUGCUGCAAUACUGCUCGAACACACCAAUCCGAUGGUGGGAUUGAAGCAGAUAAUUCCCCGCUACUGAAAUAGCGCAAGUUAGCCGCUUCGACCGGUGCUUGAGGCAUGCUGCUGAACUCUUGUAGGAUUUCCCUCACCUUCUCCUCCACCACCUGCUGCAGUUUGACAACCUGCACAUUACUCCCCCUCUGUAGGCACUGGUUGACACCCCCUAAGUAGUUAGACAGUUGGUUCUUUGCAAUCUCUGCAUCCUCCUCUUGCCCCCUGAGACCAGAGUAUUUCCUCUCCUCCUCUGCCUUUACGGCCUCUUUCAGCUCGCCCCGGCGCUGCUCGAGUGCUGCCUUCAAACCCUCAAUGUCUCCGUCGAUUCUGGAAUUCACUUCCGUAGCCUGCUCGCUGAUGUGCUGCUUCUUGGCCUGGAUUUGUUGGACAACCCCUUCGAUUGAAGCCAGCUGGCCACGGAUUGGCUUGAGGGAGGCCAGAAUGGCAUCCUUUGCCUGGUGACUGGCCUCCGUAAUGCUCACCUUGCGUUGCCUGUGGGUGCAGUCGUUGGAGGACUCCCGGAGACAAUCGAUACAGAUGAGCUGUUUGCACAUCUUGCAGUAAUGAGUGAGCAACUGCGACGGAUGAGUCUCGCACGAGCUCUCGCGUUUCGACAGCAUCUCCUCGGAUAUGGCGGAC